UCGCUCGCUUCACUCUGCUACCGGCCAUGUGAGAACUGCUUUGGCCAUGUGAGAAAUGCUUUGCCCAUGCACGUUUAUUUUGUAUAGUACAAAUUCUUAGGUAUUCUAUCAGUGUUUGUGAUUAAUUUCAAUCAAAAUGAAGAGGAAGGUGGCAGAAACAACUACGGAGGUUGGCAGUGAGUCUACAUGCCAUGUCGAGACGGAGUCCAUUGAGCCGAAUCGCAGUGAAGAUGGGGACGAGAGGCCGACGAAAGCGCUUAAGAGCGACUCAAAGAACAAGGCUUCCACUACUGCCCUCGUUCGACCAUUGAAAGUGUCUAAUAAGGAAUUAUACAAAGCUCCCACUCCGGAGGAGCUGAACCAGCUGAAAGAGACCGAGAGUCUGUUUCACUGCAGCCUGCUCAAGAUGCAGAUGGAGGAACUCUUGAAGGAGGUGGUUUUAAGUGAGAACAAAAAGCGAAUGGUGGACUCCUUCGUGCUGAAGAUCACUGAGCUUCUCCACUCUGUACCAGAGACCCCUGUGGUCGAGCUGAGUGACACAACUUGGCUGUCAAACGUGGAGGUGCCGUUCAUCCUUGUCCCCGAAUCGACCAAAGGAAAGUUCCACAUGGAGCCCCCUACCUCUGUGGCCAUGAUUGGCAGCUAUCCUCUGGGCACCUGCAUUAAACCACGAGUGUCUGUCGACUUAAUGGUCACCAUUCCUUCUAGUGUAGUGCACCCAAUGGAUGCCAUCAACCAGCGGUACUCACGCAAGAGGGCACUAUACCUUGCUGGCCUGGCAGAGCAUCUCCUCUCCUCAAAGGAGGUUGGAACACUGCGCUAUUCUUGUCUCCAUGGCAACCGUCUCCGACCCAUCUUGCUGCUGACACCGCCAGGUAAGGACGCUAGUAGCCUGACACUCCGCAUUCACGCCUGCCCCCCACCUGACUUCCUGAAGCCCGGUCAACUCCACCCCCAGAAGAGCAAAAUUCGUACAGAGUGGUUCACUGGUAUUGAUUCCCCACAGCCAGGAGGGCCUGAUGUUCCCACCCCCCAUUAUAACAGCACAGUGCUGGGAGAUCAUCUUCCUGCCGCCCACCUACAGUUCCUCUCUGCAGUCAGUGACCAGUGUGGGGCCUUCAAAGACGCGGUGGCCCUGCUCAAGGUGUGGCUGAGGCAGAGAGAGCUGGAUCAGGGCUCUGGGUGUUUUGGUGGGUUUCUUGCGUCGAUGUUGGUGUCCUACCUUCUUACGUCUCAUAAAGUCAGCAACCACAUGUCUGCAUAUCAGCUGCUCAGGAAUACCCUGCACUUCCUAGCUUCAACAGACCUGACAGAGAAUGGGAUCACCCUGGCCAGAAGCCCCGACUCAACAGCUCCCAGUCUCUCAGACUUCCACAGUGCAUUCCCAGUGGUGUUUGUUGACCCCUCUGGACACCUGAACUUGUGUGCUGAUAUCACAGCCCAUACCUACAAACAGAUCCAGCACGAAGCUUCGCUGUCGGUGCGGUUCUGGGACGACCCGACCAUGGACAGUUUCCAGGCCUUGCUAAUGACUGCCAAACCUCUCAUCAGAACCUACGACCACGUCUUCCAGCUGUCUGGGCUGGCGAAAAUGCAGUCUGCGUGCAAGAAGCUCAAUCUCUUCAGCGAGCUCAUGGACCACAGUGGGAACUACGUCCGCACUGCGCUGCCUCUUCUGCUGUCCCUCCUGCAACGAGGACUAGGAGAACGGGUCCACCUGCUUGCCCACUCACUGGCUCCUGAUCUCGAGUGGCCAGUUACCAGUGAGCCCCCAAAACACAAAGACCAGCCGCCCCUGUCCUUUGGCCUGCUGCUCAAAUCAGACCACCUGGCCUCUGUGCUGGAGAAGGGACCUCCUGCAGACAGUCCACAGGCUGAAGAGUUUCGUCAGCUGUGGGGUGAUCGCUCUGAGCUGCGGCGCUUCCAGGACGGCUCCAUCACCGAGGCGGUGCUGUGGGAGGCCUCCACCGCCUGCCUGAAGAGGCUGGUGCCUCAGCAGAUCAUCAGCCACCUGCUGCAGCUUCAUGCUGAUAUACCCUCCUCCUGUAUCCGUUACGUUGGAGGGCUGCUUGAUGAUGUCAUUAUAGUGCGACAAGAGAACUGUGGCACAGGAGAGGAGGAGAGCCUGAAGGUUGUUCAGAGUUAUGAUGACCUGAGCCGUAAGCUGUGGCAGCUGGAGAAUCUGCCCCUGUCCAUCACUUCAGUCCAGGGAGCCCACCCUGCCCUCCGAUACACACAGGUCGUUCCCCCCGUCCCCGUGCGGCUGGACUACAAGCGCUUUGCCCGGGAGAAGAACAGCCGCGCUCUCGUGCCUCAGGAGGGGAAGCCCUGCCCUGUCUACAUCACCCCUAUCAAAGUGAUCUGUCACAUGGAGGGCAGUGGCAAGUGGCCACACGACCGUCUGGCCAUCCGCCACAUCAAGGCAGCGUUCCACAUCCGCCUGGCAGAGCUGCUGAGGAACACACACAAGUACCCCUGCAACCCCACGGCCACACACCUGGACGUCUGGAAGGACGGGCUGGCAUUCCGGAUCCAGGUGGCGUACCAGCGUGAGCCGCAGAUCCUGAGGGAGGUGGUGUCCCCAGACGGGAUGCUGCUCAUGAGGGACAACCCCGAGGCCCAGGCCCUGGAGCUGGAGACCCAGCACAGGCCCCUACUCACCAGCACGCUGCAUGGCCUCCAGCAGCAGCACCCGUGUUUCGGGGCGGUGUGUCGGCUGGCGAAGCGGUGGCUGGGAGCGCAGCUGUUCAGCGCAGACGUCUGUGAGGACGCAGCCGACCUGCUCGUGGCCUACCUCUUCCUGCACCCCGCACCUCAUACCCCUCCCAGUUCUCCUCAGGUUGGGUUCCUCAGGUUCCUUCACCUGCUCUCCUCCUUCGAUUGGAGGAACAGCCCGCUGGUGGUGAACCUCAACAGCCAGCUCACAGUGGCAGACUACACAGAGAUCAAGAAUGACUUUGUAGCUUCCAGAGAAUCCCUGCCUACCAUGUUCAUCGCCACGCCGACCGACAGGAAGCAGUCCAUGUGGACCAAAGAUGCUCCCUCAGUACAGAUGCUGCAGCGCAUCAUCACUGUGGCAGCGGAGAGCCUCCAUGUUGUUGAGGCACAGCUCACAGACGCCACACUGACACAAGAUGUGCGGGUGGCCUUCCGACCGCCCUUGGACGCGUACGACGUCUUGAUCUACCUGAGGCCCAAGCAGGUGCCCCUGGUGGAGAGUGCGGUGGAUCCCCCGAACCACCCCCCUCCCCGCGGCAUCUACGAGGGCUCCGUGACCGGAGGGGCGCUGCCCGUGGUCGACUUUGACCCCGUCAGCCUGUACCUUAUAGAGCUCCGAGAAGCUUUUGGAGACGUCGCCCUGUUCUUCUGUGACCCCUAUGGCGGUACAGUUAUUGCGGUGGUAUGGAAACCAAAGGCCUUCACCCCACAUCCAUUUAAGACGGGGAUGAUGGGUGCCCGACGUGUGGAGGUGACAGAAGACAAACCCUCCACCGUGCCAAACGUGGAGGCCAUCCUGCUCGACUUCAGUGUCCUUGGGGAGGGGCUCGUCCACAAGGUCGUGCCAAGGACGGAGAAAUGGGUGGUCUGAAGAUAUGGUCGACCCUCUCAACAUAAAGAGACGGGAUCGAAAUUGUUAUUGUGAAACUGUAUAAUGGCUUUUUUUUGUAAUUAUUGGAUUUGACAUAAAAACAAACCAAUCAGAA